AACAAAGGCUACACCCGCGCAGGUUUUGAACGCAACCUAACAUGACCCAUCAACUACUGACCCCAGCUGACCCUUCACACGAGUACCUGAUUUCGUAGUGGCAAGAAAACUUGACUGACCAUGGGCGACCGAAGUCUACCUCCGCAGGUGGAUGGACAUCCACAGGGCCGUCUUGAUCUCAUUUUUGGGCGUCCUGUUUUGUUCCCACCUGCCAAAGCUACACAGUCAUUCAUCUUCACAUUCCGUUGGUGGGGCGAUAUACGACCUUGUCUUCUAAGGCUUCCACCAGAGAAGAGUGAAGCAAGAAUCACUUACUAUGUCACCUGCAGUUCACAGUCAUUUCGACAGUAUCUGUGUGACAGCAAAAGUUUACAUAUUAAUAUCAAGAUAGGUGGGGGAGAGAAUAUGGAAAUAACAGAGGAUGAUAGAACAUUAUUUGGGAGACAGAUACAAAGCCCAAGAAGAAUAGAAGGUGAUACACCUCGGCAAAAGUUACUCAGACGGCAGUUAAGGCUUAAGAAAGGUUGGCAAGAUGGUGACACAAUAGGGACAUUAAUACUCCCAGAUUUAAAACUAAAUUCACGAGGUGAAUAUGUUCAUGAGGGACGAAUAAUUGACACUUCAGCUGACAUAAUAGGCACAGUUAUUGUUACCAUGGUCUUCAUGGAGGGUACCCUUGAAGCUUUUCAACAAAUAAAGAUUCAAAGGGAAGAACAAACUUUUCAGCAUGAAAACAAUGCACAUGAAAAGGCAGAUGAAAACAGGUCCAAACAUCGUAUGUCUGGGAUUCCAGUUUUGGGGUCACAUGGUAGUAAGUCACUGAAAACUCCACCACAAGAAGGUUAUAGACCAAGAAGCCGUAGUAGUAGCUUCAGGGAGUCACUCAAACAAAAGUGUGACAGACUAAAAUCUCCGAAGAAGCAGCAACAGAGCGCUAUUGAUAUUGCAGCUCAGGAGAAAGAAAACCAAGCUCCACAGAGGAAGAGAGCUGGUAGCUUUUCUCAGCUGGGAAGAGAUGUGUCAGUGCAGCAUGAUAAACAGCAGGCUAGGAGACAUGAUUUCCUGCAAGUUAGGCAUCAAGGUAGCCCACAAUUUAGACAAAGAGAAAAUUCUCACUGUGGACAGCAAGAAAGUUCUCCAGGGAGCCGGCGUGAAAGUUUUCAAGAGAAUAGGUCAGAAAGUAUUCAAGUGAAUCUGGAAGAAAGUUUUCAAGAGAAUCAGACAGAAAGUUUUCCAUGGAGUCAACAAAGUUUUCAAGGGACCCGACUAGAAAGUUUUCAAGUGGGCCAUGAUCAAGCUUCGCAGUUGAGGCAGCAAGUUCAUUCAGAAGCUGGACAUCAAAAAAAUUUGCAAGUGGGGCCACAUGAUAGCCCUCGGGUAGGACGUCGGGGUAUACCGCAGUUAACUCCUCAGAAGAAUUCACAGAUGAUACAGCAAGACAGCCCACAGAUAGUACACCGAGAAAGAAAACCCCAAGAUGGUAGUUACAACAGAGAACGACCUGCAAGCUGGGGCCUGUAUCCAAUGUUAAACAGAACUGAUCCACAUUCUUUAAUUGAUUCAGGUGCAGUCAAGGCUGAGGACCUUCCUAUCUUUUUGCAAGUCUUAGAAGGACGAUCACCAAACCUUGAUCUCUCUAACUUAGACCCUGAGACCCAGAAGCUUCUUGAUGGCCUUGAUCUCUCCAUGAGCUUCUCCGGUAUAAAUAUUGAUCCUUCAGGAAAAAGCAUAACACACAUUCGGGAGUCUGGCACCGAAAGCACAUCAGGAAAAGCAAAAAAACCCACGUAUAGUGUCUUAAAGGGUAUUCAAAAGGACAGUAUUGAUUUUUCAGGAGUAUCUAUGACUUCAGGAGUAUGGCCAUUGCAGGAAAGAAAAACUGAAGAAAAAAACAGAAUUCUAGAUUCCAUAACAGCUAUAGAUAAGAUACCUUGCCAUGAUAACCAAAAGUUUGAUUCUCCCCGAAGAGGUCAGCAAGGGAUAAAUGUUCGCACAAAAAUUCCAAUGUCACAAGCUGGUAGAACUCCUACGAAAGCCUGUCGAACACUCUCCUCACGUACAGUGUCAGAGAAGAAACCUCCUUCCCCAGUUAAGGAUUCAUCUGCAAAUCUAAAUGAAAGUGAGGAAAGUUUAAAGACUGAGAAGACAAUUCCAAGUAAAUAUGGAUUAGAAGAUGAAGGGUCAGUACUGGUGGUUGACGUCAGAACCCUGACUCUGGCACCUCCAUUGCUACCUGCCAAGCCCCCAAAUAAAACAGAAAACAUGUCUGGUGUUCGGGUGAUGCAUCGCAGCCGUGUGUGUUACUUAACAACCUUGGACAUAAAUCUGCCUGAGCUAGACAUUCCUGCAGAGUUGGAAUUGUCUCAGACAUUUGCUUCACGACAGCUUGUUGAUCACGAAAUUCAUUAUAAUGCUCGAGAAGUGAUAAGGUUACCACCCGCAUCAGCGCUUGAUAUACUAAGAGGUCAGCUGGUAGUUAGAUGUGUGUGUCGUCGACUGGGAGAGAAAGACAGUGAGGAUGUGGGCAGUGCUAAUAUCAGCCUCAUGGACUUAUGGAAGCUAAAUGGUUCAGAGGUACAUGUUUCACUCUUCAGGCCACAGGUUCAGAAUGGCCAAGAUUCUCUCACUAGAAGACAAGGAAAAAAAAAUAGGAAAAGAGAAGAAGAAUAUAAAGAACAGUCACUUGCUCAGCUUACUUUAAUUGCAAAGUUAGGAUUGGCUGUAGGUAAAAAAGACGAAGAUGGAAUUUGUUUGAAUAUACCAACAAAACAAAUGAAUAUGCCUUCAAAAAUUGAUUCAUUGCAUUCAAACGAGCCUCUAACUGACCGUUUGUGUGGAAAAGUUCAUGUGAUUUCAAAGUCCUUAGGAGAGAGCUUAUACUCAGAAAAAUUAGCAGAGAGAGAAAAUGCUCUCAGAUCUCUUGAUUCAUCAUCUAGCUCUGACCUCAGUGAUGCCAGAUAUUCCAUUUCAGACAUAAGACAACCAGUGCAUCAUUCUCAAAAGCCAAGAAUAAUAGUAGCUGAUGAUCAUGAAACAGAAUCAUCUGCUUUUAACUCUAUCUAUGCCCCAGCACACAUUAGCCCAUGCGAGAAAGCAUUGAAGGGCAUAUGGCAGCAUCCUAUGAACCAAGGGAGGGUUGAUAUUGUUGAAAGCAUACUUGGAACUCCUCUUGAAACUAAAAUUGUAAAUUCCAGUGAUUCAGGGUUUCAUGGUUACCAUGCAUCAUUCCUUGCUGGCAUUAAUGGAUAUGAAAGUUCCAAUAAUCAGCCUAUUGAGAGUGGUGGUGAAUCUCCUUGUAUAAGAACUGCAUCUGAUUUUACUGCUGAUUUUGUAAAUUAUGACACACUGAACCAGAGACCUGGUGGUAUUGAAGUAAGACGUGAGGAACGGGGAGGAACAUGUAGGAUACACUUAGAGAUUCUUAAAGGAAGAAAUUUGCCAUUGCUGGAAGGACCGGAUGGCACUCCAAGACCACCAAAUUCCUAUGUAAGAACCACCAUAGGAUCUAUUAAUAUCCUCACCAAUGUGUGUCAGGAAUCCGAUAAUCCUGUUUGGAGAUUUGCUACUGAUGUACUUCUACCAUAUUCUCAGCUAACUCAGACUGAUGGUAGCCUGAUCCUGAAGGUCCACCACACCCCUAUUACUCAGAGGACAUCAGUUGAUGAUCUCCUGCUGGGCUUUGUUUGUGUUGAUGCUACCUCCAUCUGGAGCGGCCAUGUCUCUCUCUGUGGCUGGUACCCUUUGCUUGAUCUUCGAGGUGCUGCCAGGGGUCAUGUAAAGGUUUCACUUACUCCGCAUGAGCCUCCACAGACUAUAACACCAACAAGUCACUGGUUUUCAGUCAGUCUGCAGGAGCAUGCCAAUUACUACCCACCAUCAAGCCCAAGCCAAUCGAGGCAUUCUUACCCACAACACACAACUCAUGCUGGAGAAUUAUAUUCAGACCUUCAACAUCUUCAUGCAAGAAAUGACAUCAGAAGCUCCACUCUGUCCUCUUUGGGAAGAUCUACAAGUACUGCCUCACAGCUUUCUCCAAGGACCCGUAGAAAAAAUUAUAGCCAAACUGCACACAGUGUUCAAGACCACACUGCCUUGGAAAUUAGUAGCUUAUCAAAACAAAAUCUUGAAUCUUCCUCAUAUUCUAGCUCUCCUUCUGUGAUGUGUUCUGGAUCUGUUAGUGAUAAACAUAUAGGUAGUAAUAACUCAAAUUCCAACAGUGAAGUAUCUCAUUUAUAUGUAGGAGUUACUACCACUGGUGACCAGACCCACCACUUGAACAGAAAAACAUCCAACAUUCCAGUCUUCUCUCACGGAAGAAAUUCAUUAAAGAUGCCAAGUCAUGAUAAUGAUAAACCAAAGUCCACUAGUGUCUUGCCGGAUGUAGUGUAUAAAGAACAAGAAAGUUUGUGUCCAAAUGUGUCGGUUGUUAAUCAGGGAUAUUCCAGGCAUAAAGGAUCAAUUAUUGUCAAAGGGACAACUCCUGAAUCUAAUGAAGCAUCUCAUCAAAUGGAAAAGCCUUUGAAGGACACUAGUAAUUUUAAUUCAUGUAAACAUCCAUCAGAGAGAGAGAAUGGGAGAAUGAUUAAGGAUUCCAUAAUUGUGUCUCAUUUUCAGAUGCAGAAAAAAAAGGAACAGUCUAAAGAAGAUAAAGGCAAAGAAGAAAUAAUUUCAAGUAAUACAAGUCUUGUUAGUACAAUAGAUUCAAAUAAAAAAGCCACUCCUUCAAGUGCAAGCAGAGAUUACCUUCCCAGUGAUAACCAACCACCAAUGACUAUAUCGGAAAACAAACCGAGUUCUUGUCUGAAGGUGCCUGGUAGUCCAUCACUAAGGGCAAAACAUGUAACAUUUGCACACAAAUUAGUUCAUCACCAAAGCAAUGACACAGCUAGUGCAGUCCACUAUUCCCAAGAUAGGGCAAACAGAAGGUAUCAGUUAACACAACUCUCUAGGACACCCCAAGCCUCUAACCACGAUUCAGUUUUAGAUUCUAAUAUACAAAGUACCAUGGAAAAGGAAGCCAGUAAGGGAGUGGUGUCUCGGGAUCAAGUAUCCUCCCACUCAAUGACGUUAGAAGAAUCUGAUUUGCAGGUUGUUCCUUGCAGGGAAGGGGAUACUCAAAUUGUAACAACAACUGUUAGUGUUCAAGGCAGUAAGACCCUCAAUGCUGUGUCCAGUUAUGGUAAUCCUUCCUUGCGUGACAAGAAUAAGACUGAUUUAAUCAUGGCUUUUUCAUGGAUGAAUCAAACAUCAGGCUGUGAUUCUCCAUGUGUUUCAUAUAUUGAAUCAAAGCAACAGACUAUGCAACACAAUCAAGGAUCUAAUGGCAGUUGUACUUCCAGUAGUAGUGGAUCAUCAGUUGACUUACGAAAGGCAGCCACAGAUUCCCACAGUGUAGUUUCACAAAAGAAAUCUAAAAAAUUUCGAAGUAGACUAGCUGCAAACUUUUCCUUGAAAUAAUUGCUUUACUUCCCAACAGGACAACAUAUAUGUAAAAAUUGCUUUAAUUAAUAUAGUACAAAGCUAUUUUAUUCAUUGUGCAGUUAAGUGGGAACUAGUGAAUUGCAUUUUGGUUAACUUCCAUAUGAACAUAUGAAGGAAGUAAAUGUAUUAGUCAAAAUAAUCCAAUGAACAACUGAAUAUGUUUUGAUCCACUUGUCAUAGUUUACAUUCAAGAGGAAGCUUAUUUUCUGAUCAGCUACUUUCCACCAGGUGGCUCUUGUAACUGCAUACCAAAGCAUUUUGGUUCAUUGCCCAGCAGACCCAGUCACUAUUACUAUUAAAAAAAGGGAGAUUAGAAGCAAAGGUUGAUCUCUAGAGGUGGAAGGUUUAAUAGAGCUUUGUGUACUUAGAUGACACACACACACCACAACUAAUAGUGCUGCUGCCUUGGAUGAGAAAUAACUCUUCUUGUUAGUGUGCUCCCUCCAGCUCUCAUCUCUGUACACUUGAGAGUAGUUAGGGGAAUUUCCCUCACUUCUAGGUGUUAUCAUGAAGGUAAGAGUGAAAUUUACCUUUAUUCAUAUCUUUCCCAGCAGGUUGUUCAUAGGUUGUUCUGACAUUUUUUGAGUCCAGGUUGACCUACUAAUGGUGUGUUAGCUUUAGUGCGGACAUUUUUAAGGGCCUACAGGAUAGUAACAGGCAAGGUCCCCAGUUUAGUUAUUUUAUUGAUUUGCUUUAUUGGGGCCUACCCAUGCCCUAUGAAGGUUGAUCAUGGUGACAGAUAGCAUGUUAAAAAAUCCCUGUGGGUUUAAGCACACCCACAUACAAUACUGUAUUCCCUGUCCCAUUCUAUCUUGGGGAAUUUUAUGUGCCUCCUUAUAAAACUCGUGGAUAAAUCAUAGGUGCACUUAGUUCAUUGAGUGCACAUUUGAUUGGGGGUGUUGCAAUGGCUCCUUCCCUAUUUUUCACAAAUCUGAGGGACACCUUCCACUAUUGUACUGUAUUAUCCAUUUCUGGCUAUGAUAUAAAGGGAACGUGGGCCACAUUUAUCUAAUAGAAAGUUUAUUUAUUAGUAUGUUUAGCAAUUGACUCAUUUUCCUUUACAACACAAUCACACAUUCCAAAUAGAUGAUCUACUUGUACGAAUUAGAAAUUAAUGGAUUGUCUUGUGGAUCAUAAUCUGCUAUUUAGCAAAUGCAGGUGAGCCAGAUUUAAAAAAAUGUAGAUGAGUGCCUCGCUUAGAGUUGGUUAGCUGGUCUCAGUUCCACUUCUUCACCUUUCCCGCUCACCUCAUCCACCUUUCCUCCUUCCCACUUUACCUCCCCCUCUCAUCUCCACCUCUCCCUCCCUUCCAUUUUGAACAAUUGAGAGCUAGUUUCUCAAAUGGCAGGGCUUGAUCUAUGAUUUUCUGGAUAUGAAUUAAAUACUUAAAAAGUGCCCAGGAUUAAUAUUUUUAAUUAAAAGGCAGGGUCUGUUUGAAACAUAUUAUUGAAUAUUUAUUCAUCAAAUUACUAUGAUAUAUUUGCAUACAAAGGCAGUUCCAGUUAUUUUUCUUAUUAAUGUAUAUUCUGGUCAAAGGUGACAGGCCUGUGUAUCCAGAUCUUAUCUACUUGCUGAACAAUAAUUAUUGGUAUAGAAUCAGGCAGGCUACUGAUGCUGCUAGAUAUACUAUACUCUGGGCAAGUGGUGUUCAUAAGUGUAUUCAGAGCUCUGCCACUUGCUUAUCCAGUCAUCUCUAGAGUGCUUAUUGCAAACUACCAUGAGUGGUUCAUAAGAAAUGACAGAUUUAAUUUUUUAUGAAUACAACUUAUAAAACUUAAAAUAUGGUUAAAAUACAGAACAUUCACAACUGAAUUUUCACAAUUAAGUUAAAUACAGAGGCAUGUUUUAGCCAUAAAAUAAUGCCUUCUGUGCUAAUUUCUGUAGGUUAGCUCCAUUCCAGGAAUUUACAUUUACCAAAACAUUAUACAGUACAGUACUGUACAGGUAAUUAAGGUUUUAUACCAAAAAGAAAAUUAUUUACUAAAUAAAAUACAUACUGUAUACAAUUGGUGCAGUACAUUACCUUAAGUUGGGAUCCCCCCCCCUCCCCCCCUAUCGUUUGUGAUGCUUGGUUCAUAUUAUCGCAGGUUUGUAGGAUCUCUUGGUGAUGGUGGGACAGCAGAGAAGUCACCACUGCUCUUGGAUGCUAUUGCAUAAAGAUUCACGAAAGGACAGCACAAAUAUAGAUGGAUAGGGAGAGAGCACUUCACUUGCACUGAACACAGUAAAUGGAGUGCUAUAGAAGGAUGUGGGAGGGGAGGGUGACAUCAUGCACCUUCAGCGAAAGUAUGUUCCUGUGCAUUUGGGCGGGCAAAAUAGCUGUCCUGGCUGAAACUUGGGCCACGCUCGGCGCAGGAUUUGAAUUUUUGAUUGGAUCAACAUUUGGGUAAGAAAAUACAGUAUUGUAUCACUUUCAGAUAGUGAGAAAGAGGUGUAAGAAUAGAAUAUUUGGAUAGUGAUCAUUUGGACAGCAAGGGAUACUUGUGCUAAAACUCAUCUCUGUUCCUGUGCUCAAUUUUCUAGCUCCAGGUACUGGUAUGUGUUUUAUUUUAGAUUUAGGUAUUCUUCUGUUUUCUUAAUUUUUAUUUAUUUAUUUUUUUAUUUUUUUUCUUCUCUAAAGUGAGUGGAAUUCCCCUUUUGGAUUUCUUUCUUCUUAAAUUUUUUCAACUGUUGGUUGGUAAUAUUCACUCUGAUGUCCAAGGAUACUACCAAAGAAUUGCUGGGGAUGCUAUACAGGUGCUGUAGCUACUUCACUCCUAAGCAGUUGCUUUAAGUUUAUAAGGGAUUCAUUAAUCCUAACUUGGAGUACUGCUCUCAUUUCUGGGGUGGCUCUUCUUCUGUCCAACUAUUAG